AUGUCAGAAAAGUCGAAAACCUCUUUAAGCGCUUUGCCAAAAUCCAAGGUACCGGCUACUACUAUCAGACUCAAAUCGCCCUUUCGCACCGCAAAGCGGAAACGCAACGACGGCGAAGACCAUGAUCUUGAGGCUGUUGUCGACAGUUCAGCGAAGCAAAAAAGGUCCAAGAAAUCCAAAAAGACUAAAUCGGAUGAGGAUCAUAAUCUUGAUCUAGACCAAGGUCUUAACCUAGCCAUCGCGAAGUUGGACAAUCGAUUAUUAGCGGACUACGUCGCCAAACGAACCAAGCGAUUUUUCCCAGAUCUCAGCCUUGUGGAGCUCGAGGACAGAUAUAUCUCAGAGACAGCCUUCCAUGAUACCACAUCAUGGGAGAAGCCAAGAACUUUGCAGGACAUGGCAAGCUUCCUUGAGCACUACAAUCCGAAAGCAGCAGGAAAUAUGGCUCUCUCUUCGGCAUCAAAAAAACUGGGAAGCCCACAUACUCUUGUGAUCACAUCUUCUGGUCUACGUGCUGCAGAUAUCACUAGGUAG